AUGGAGGGUAAACCGCUGUUGACGGAAGAGUCGGCAGCCUUCACCGCUGAUCGUCAGAUUCCUCCCGUCGACCCUCCUGGAGCUCCUGGCCAUCCUCAAGUAUCUUUCAAUUAUUUGAAAUGGGGACCGAGCAGAUUUUAUGAGCCGUCAUUUGACAUUUUGAAGAAAUCGCCUCCAGUUCUUAGGAAAGGAAAAGAAAAAGUAAUACCAGGUUUGGCGGCAACAAUUCUAAACCUCUAUUCAUGGAAGAGGGGAUUUCAUUUCUCGGAAACUAGUGGGAAGCAAUCAAGAUGUGUUGCUGAAAAAGUUCUAGAAGGAGGACCUUGGUAUGUCAACAGCCACAUCAUGGGGAUGGAUAAAUGGUCCCCUUUAUUCACACCUUCAUCCUUAAAAGGCCUCUCCUCACCAAUUUGGAUAAGGCUUCCUCAUUUGCCUUUGAUUUGUUGGGACAAAGAUAAUGUGGCCAGAAUUGCUUCUAUGAUUGGACAACCGCUAUGGAUAGAUGGAAAUAUGUUCCAGUGGAGCAAAAGGGAGUUUGCAAGAGUUUGUAUCAGAAUGGCUCUAGAUCAACAAUUCCCUAUAGGUGUUUGGGUAGAAAGCUCUUACGGUCGUUUCUUUCAAAAAUUUGAAUAUGAGAAGGUUACCACAAUCUGCUUCAAAUGUGGGGAGGUAGGACAUUUGAUAGACAAAUGUAUUGAAGGGAACCCUACCAAUCUUGAAGGCCAAACUUCUAAAAUGGGUCCUCACUGUGAAAAUCAAUUACCAACGGAAGGACUAGCAACUGACAAAGAUUAUGGUCCUUGGAUCCUUGUUAAGAAUACAAUGAGAAGGAGGAGGACUAGUUCUAACAUUGAAAAAUCUGUUAACAGAGGAAAGCAAGGGUGUGCCUUACAGAGUAUAGAUGCUAAAUUCUCUAAAGAUAUGGAAGAAUCAAGGUUAGAAGAUAAUUCAAAAGGUCCCAGCUGGACUGAAACUUUUACAGUUAAAGACAUUCCUGACUUGGAAAUGCCUGUCUCAAAUUCAUACUCAAUCGGUCCCAACUCAGCCAGAAAAGAAAAUAAAGGCUUUGACACAGAGAAUGGAACACUCGAAGAAGGGAAAAUUCCUGAUCAAUGGAUGGAAAGAUUUGUUGUUGUUGAACAAUUGGAGUUGACAGACUCUUCAAAAGCUAAACGGAAAUUAAUGAAGGAACUCAUUUCCUUGGGUAAAGAUAACAUUCUUUCUCAGAAAAGGAAAAGUGAAAACUCUAAGAAGAUUAAAAGUGGAAUUUAA